UCCCGGGGAGCUCGGGGAAGUCUGGGAUUCCAGCGCUGAGCCCUGCGAGAGAUGUUUGUGCAGCUCCUGGUCCUGGGGGUCACCUCCAUCCUGCCCUGGGGGGCUCUUAGCUCCAGCCCGGAGGAGAAGCUCCUGGUUCUGACUGUAGCCACCGAGGAGACAGACGGAUUUAGGCGCUUUCAGAGAUCAGCGCAAUGCUUCAACUACAAAGUGAAGGUACUGGGGCUUGGGGAAGAAUGGCAUGGAGAGGGGCAGAAGGUCCGACUCCUCAAGACCGCACUGGAGCAAUACGCCGACAAUGAAGAUCAGAUUAUACUCUUCACUGAAAGCUACGAUGACGUCUUUGCUUCGGGCCCAGCUGAACUCGUGAAGAAAUUCAAGCAAGCCAAAAGCAAAGUUGUUUUCACUGCGGAAGCCGUGGCUUAUCCUGAACGGCGCCUGGAGCCCAAAUAUCCGACUGUCCUAGAGGGCAAACGCUUCCUGGGAUCUGCAGCUUUCAUCGGCUAUGCUCCAUAUCUACACAAAAUGGUGGCUGACUGGGACGGGGCGGAUGAGGACAGCGAUCAGCUCCACUACACAAAGAUCUUCUUGGACCCGACAAAGAGGGAGAAAAUAAACAUCACUCUGGACCACCGAUGCCGAAUCUUCCAAAGCCUGCACGGAUCCGUAGGAGACGUGGUGAUGAAGUUUGAGAACGGACGAGUGAGGGCGCGGAAUCUCGCCUACGACACGCUUCCUAUUUUGAUACACGGGAACGGCCCCACAAAGCUCCUGAUGAAUUAUCUGGGGAAUUACAUCCCCCGUGUAUGGACCUUCGAGACCGGCUGUGUCGUCUGCGACGAGGGCUUAAGGAGCCUCGCUGAAUUUAAGACGGACGACUCUUUCCCGUUGGUUGUGAUCGGCGUUUUCGUUGAGCAGCCCACGCCCUUCAUCUCGGAGUUCUUCAAGCGGCUCAGUAACAUGCACUACCCCAAGCAGCGGAUGCAGCUGUACAUCGCCAAUCGUGAGCCCCAUCACCAGAGACACGUGGAGAAAUUCCUGAAGGAACGCAGCGCAGAUUACAACUCGGUGAAAUACGUUGCGCCGGAGGAAGUGUCGAACGCCGCGGACGCCCGCAAUGCUGGAAUGGAUUUGUGCCGGCAGAACCCGGAGUGUGAAUAUUACUUCAGCAUCGAUGUCGAGGUGGUGCUGAAAAACUCCAGCGUGCUGCGGACCCUCAUACAGCAAAACAAGUCCAUCCUCGCCCCGAUGGUCAGCCGGGUUCAGGACGUGUGGACCAAUUUCUGGGGGGCGCUGGGCAAAGAUGGUUUCUACGCACGAUCUGAGGAUUACAUCGAUAUCGUCCAGGGACAGAGGAUCGGCAUCUGGAACGUCCCAUACAUCACCAAUGUGUAUCUGGUGAAAGGCAGCGUGCUCCGGAAUAGACUGAAGCAGUACGACAUCUUCCGCAGCGGAUCCUGUCUUCCGGGAAGGGCAGUGUGCGUCUCUCUCACCUUCCAGGGAGUUUUCAUGUUUGUGACCAACCGGCAACCCUUCGGCCACCUCCUGUCCCUGGAGAACUAUCAGAUGAGCCACCUCCAUAAUGACCUGUGGGAGAUCUUUCAGAACACCCAGGACUGGAAGGAGAAGUACAUUCACCCCAAUCACACUUUUGCCCUCAAGGGAACAAAUAUUGAAUCGCCGUGCCCCGAUGUGUACUGGUUCCCGUUGUUCACAGACACAGCCUGUGACGAGCUGGUGGAGGAAAUGGAGAACUACGGCCAGUGGUCAACUGGAAACAAACAGGACCAGCGGCUGCAGGGAGGGUAUGAAAACGUCCCGACGAUCGACAUUCACAUGAACCAGAUCGGCUACCAGAAGGAAUGGCACAGGCUUCUGUUGGACUUUGUAGCGCCGGUGACUGAAAAGAUGUUCCCCGGUUAUUACACGCAGGCUCAGUUUGACUUGGCCUUCGUAGUACGUUACAAGCCGGACGAGCAGCCGUCCCUGGAACCCCACCAUGAUGCCUCCACCUUUACCAUAAACCUCGCUCUGAACAGCGUGGGUCAGGAUUACGAGGGAGGUGGCUGCAGGUUCCUCCGUUACAAUUGCUCCAUCAGUGCCCCCCGGAAGGGCUGGGCGUUGAUGCACCCGGGCAGACUGACGCACUACCACGAAGGACUUCCCACCACCAAAGGCGUCCGAUACAUCGCAGUCUCCUUUGUGGAUCCUUAGGCGGAGACUCGAGUGAACUUAACUUUUUUUUUUUCCCUGAGAAGUUACAAUGUAACUCUGAUAAAGUGUUAUGAGAGAGAGGGGUGGAGCCAACUGAAGAU